UUUUUUUUUUUUUUCAAUUUUCCUGCCUUUUCUUGCAGUGGUGGAAAUCUAGCGCAGCAAGUAUUUCUUUGUAGGUAUCACUUCAAGUGCUCGACGUUUGAGAAAUAGGUUGCAUAUCAGGGUGUGGUGGUGUUUUCUUCAGUAUAAACUGCUUUCAGGCACCGAGCUUUAUAUGAGAUGUUUUGAAAUCCUCAGCUGGAUGAAUUGUUAUGCUUACUUGGAGCAGAAAGCUUUCUAUAGUAUGUAGUAUAGGCAGAAAGUGAAUUCCUUUGUACCUGCAUGGUGUGAAAACACCAUCAAACUUCUGUAUAGCCUUGUCGUGUGAAUGUUGAUCAUUGUGUAUUAGCUUUUCUAGCAUUAGAAAAUUAGCUCUCCAGUGAGUGUAUUCCCAUGAAUUAAGUUCUUUUAAUGAAAUACGUGUCUGCACUACCUUUAUAGGUUAUAUUUCAUGAAAAGGUUUCUCUUUUUCACAGACAGCUUUCAGUGUGUAUUUUAUAUAAAACUGUGUGACUGGAUGUUGCUGAUGGGAUAGCCCCACCUUUUGGUUAAUCCUCCUUGAAAUUAUGACCAAAGAGUUUCUCUGAAAAUUAAAGCUCAUGCUCUGUGUUGUGAGAGCAAGUCUGUGUUGGAAUAUCUUUUUAUGUCUUUGGGUUGGGGAGUGACAAGAUAAUAUCCUUUCCUAUUUAAUGUCAAGAUAAUUUUAAUACAUGACGUUUCAGUUCACUACAGUGAUUGUUUUUUAAUGCUAGUAUAAAUGAAGCAAAAUACCUUUUCUUAAAAAAAAAUUAAUAAAAAAAAUUCUGUCUUUAUUUUUUUCAAAAAGGGUGGAAAUGAUCUCAAGCCAAGGAGUCGUUGUGGUGCACGAAGUGACAUCUGAUAUAUGUUUGUGUGAAGCGAUACGUGAUCUGAGACUUGACUUUCAGUUCAGGUGUUGGAGGUGACAGUGCUCAUGUUCAAGGAGUUCACAGAUUAUUUUCCAAAUUAAAGGUUUUAAGCUUGAAAAAUAUUCAGUUGUCUUGGCAGAAGAUUUGUAUUAGUUAUUUUACUGCUGCUAGGAGCAACUUCCCUGAAAUACCGUGUAAUAAGCUACAUGUAAAGAGAAAAAGGAGAGGGGCUCUGAAGCCCUUUUAACUUACAAAAGGAGUUUGCUAUUUCACCUUGUGUUUAGGUUUUAGUUUAGGAAAGACAUUCAGCUUUUCACUCAACAGCUUGUCAGCAGUGUGUUUCAUGAUUAGAAACUGCAGUCUUUAAAAUUCAUGGCAAUACUCUUCUAGACAUAGUUGGGGAUCACCUGUUUUUUGGCACUUGAUAUGUUAUUUGAAACGUCUCCUUGUAUUCCAGUAUCUGUGAGCUGCUUGCUUUUAGGAGAUUGCUCCCGUGAUACAAAUUGUUAAUGUCCAAAAGCACUGAGUACUAAUCUGCCAGUACAAGUUGUCCUGGCUCUGGAGUAUAACUGCAGUGGUUGAAGUGUUGGAACUCCUUAAAGAGCCCCUCUUGGAGGGGAAGUCAGGUUUCUCGGAGUGAGUGUGAGAGUGCUGGACAAGGCAGCUGCUUGUGUGAGUGCUUAGGAGAAAUUUUUAACAGCAGUGUAUCUCUGGGUAUGUUUUCAGGCCCUGCCACUAUCCACAGCUUAACUGUCCAAUAUCCUGUGCUAAGCAUCAAGAAGAUUAUGAACUAUCCAGUGUGUGUCCUGGAUACGUGGAUGAUUCAGCAUGGUUUCCAUUUGGAAAUGCAGUAACCGUAGAAAGACUGGAAGUAGCGGAGAGGAGGGAGCAUCCAAACAUCCUUCCUUUCUUUUGCAACAGCUGCAGAGGCAACGGUCCUGAAAAUGUCACCCUAAAACAUUUAGUAUAUUGCAAGGCCCAUAAAAAACUUUUACUACAUCCUUUAUAAAACUUAAAAUUUCUGAGAAACAGGGUGUUUGCACACGGAAGGAUUUCAAGAUAGUUUACACCUGAAGGAUACUUGGACAAAGCUAGGACACCUGUUAACUUGAGUCAAGCUGGAAUUGUGAACAGUUAAGCAUUUUCUUCCUGACUGCUGGGAAAAGAUUCUGCUUUCAGGUUGUCAGAGAUGGUGAUUUGAAGAAUCAUAUUUCCGAUAUGAACAAAGCAAAAACAUCAGCUGAAAAAAGUGUUUCUGCCAAUUCUCGGACUUUAUCCCUGCUGUCACAGCUGGAGAAGAUCAAUGUGAGCUCUGUAUUAGGUGAAUCAGACAAUGCCAGACAUGUUACCUCAAAGAUCCUUCAUCUGGUCCAGAGUCAAGAAAAAACCAGGAAAGAGAUUAUUUCUAAGGGCUCUACUGGAAUAGAAGUUAUCUUGUCAACCCUAGAGAAUACAAGAGAUCUUCAAACUAUUCUAAAUAUAUUGAAUAUUCUCAUUGAGGUAGUCUCAGUUGGUGGUGGUCGGAGAGCAAGUGUCUUAGUCACCAAAGGAGGGACACAGAUCUUGUUACAGCUGCUUUUGACUGCCAGCAAAGACUCUCCUCCAAAUGAAGAACUAAUGAUGCUUCUUCAUACUCUUCUUGCAAAAAUUGGUCCAAAAGACAAGAAGAUUGGCAUGAAAGCAAGAAUAAAUGGUGUCCUAAACCUAUCGUUGAAUUUAGUGAAGCAAAAUUUACAGAACCACAGGCUAGUAUUGCCAUGUCUUCAAGUAUUAAGAGUUUAUUCAACCAACUCUGUAAAUGCAGUAUCUCUGGGAAAAAAUGGAGUAGUAGAACUGCUGUUUAAGAUCAUUGGCCCUUUUAGUAAAAGGAACACUAGCCUUAUGAAGGUUGCUUUAGACACACUUGCUGCAUUGCUAAAAUCAAAAACAAAUGCCAGGAGAGCAGUAGACAGAGGAUAUGUGCAGGUGCUUUUAACGAUUUAUGUUGAUUGGCACCAUCAUGAUAGUCGACACAGAUACAUGCUGAUACGUAAAGGAGUUUUACAGUGCAUUAAAAGUAUUACAAACAUCAAACUGGGAAGAAAAGCAUUUCUUGAUGCCAAUGGGAUGAAAAUUCUUUACAACACUUCACAGGAGUGCCUUGCAGUAAGAACUCUUGAUCCUCUCGUCAAUACAUCCAGUCUAAUAAUGAGAAAAUGUUUUCCCAAAAAUCGUCUUCCUUUACCAACUAUUAAAAGUGCUUUCCAUUUCCAACUCCCAGUUAUUCCUGCCAGUGGUCCUGUGGCUCAGCUGUACAGUUUGCCUCCUGAUGUGGAUGAUGUAGUAGAUGAAAGUGAUGAUAACGAUGAUGCUGAAACAGAAACAGAAGUUGAAACUGAAAUUGAUGAUGACAAGGACCAACAUUUUAAGAAUGAUGAUAUUGAGACUGAUAUUAAUAAACUGAAACCUAGACAGGAAUUGGGAAGACCCAUGGAAGAACUGAAAAUGUAUGAGCAAUUUUUCCCAGAACUUUCAGAAAACUUUCAGGAUUUGGACUUAGUUUCCAAGGAACCAAAGCCUUUUAUACCUGAUGCAAAUUUGAGUGGACCUAUUGUUGUUCCUACAGCCAGUGAGGAGCACACUGCUGAAGCAAACCCGUCAACAAAAGAAGUUGCUUUAAAGGAGUGCAGUCCUUCAUUGACAGAGGAAUACAAUAGAAGGCCAGUGUCUCUGGAACUACCAAAACAAGAUAACAUGAAAAACAGUAGUUUACAUCAGCAAAAUGAUCAAAGAAACAUGCUUCCAUCAUGCCAGUGUCUGAGCCAAGAAAUUGUGAAAGGUUUGGACAGAAUCAGUCUCCAGAACAGUGCAAAAAAUGAUCAGUAUUAUGGUACAGGGUGUGUAGUAAAGAAGGAAAGCAAAGAUAGCCUUACCACGCUUGCUUGUAGUAAAUCCUGUGAUCAUGUUUCACCCUGUGGAGGUAGUCUCUUUGAAGGAUCAUCUGUCCAGCUGGGAAAACUCUGCUGCACUGGAGUGGAUUCAGAGGAGGAGGGGGAUUCCAGAUCUAGUUCAUCAGGAGAACAUGUCAUGCUUCAAGUUUCUGAUGUAUCACCAGUUCAUGACUGUGAUCUUUAUCUUGAAAUGGUGAAGACCACAAAGUCUAUUCCAGAUUACUCAGAAGUGGCCUAUCCAGAUUAUUUUGGCCAUAUUCCGCCCCCAUUUAAGGAACCUAUUCUGGAAAGGCCAUAUGGGGUGCAGAGGACAAAAAUCUGUCAAGAUAUUGAAAGGCUGAUUUAUCAAAAUGACAUUAUAGAUAGAGUUGUGUAUGACCUUGAUAAUCUGAGUUGUUCUGUACCAGAGGAGGCAGAUGUUUUGAAGUUUAAUUCCAAAUUUGAAUCUGGAAACCUGCGCAAAGUUAUUCAGAUCAGAAAAAAUGAGUAUGAUCUAAUUCUGAACUCGGAUAUAAACAGCAAUCAUUAUCACCAGUGGUUUUACUUUGAAGUCAGUGGAAUGAAAACUGGCAUUAGUUACCGGUUUAACAUCAUCAACUGUGAAAAGUCAAACAGUCAGUUCAACUAUGGUAUGCAGCCCCUCAUGUAUUCUGUUCAGGAAGCACUGCGUUCUCGACCGUGUUGGACUCGUGUUGGGACAGAUAUUUGUUACUACAAGAAUCACUUUUCAAGAAGUUCAAUUGCUGCUGGGGGCCAGAAAGGAAAAUCCUAUUACACAAUUACAUUCACAGUGACUUUCCAACAUAAAGAUGAUGUGUGCUACUUUGCUUACCAUUAUCCAUAUACAUACUCAACUUUAAAGAUGCAUCUUAAGAAGCUGGAAUCUAUGCAUAACCCUCAACAGAUUUAUUUUCGGCAAGAUGUUCUCUGUGAGACCCUGGCUGGCAACAGCUGUCCAUUAGUCACUAUUACAGCCAUGCCAGAGUCCAAUUACUAUGAACAUAUCUGUCAGUUCAGGAAUCGUCCUUACAUAUUUCUGUCUGCUCGUGUACAUCCUGGAGAGACUAAUGCGAGCUGGGUUAUGAAGGGAACGCUGGAAUACCUUAUGAGCAAUAGUCCAAAUGCACAAUGUUUACGGGAAUCUUAUAUUUUCAAAAUUAUUCCCAUGCUCAAUCCAGAUGGUGUCAUUAAUGGAAACCACCGUUGCUCUUUAAGUGGAGAAGAUUUAAACAGACAGUGGCAAAAUCCAAAUCCAGACCUGCAUCCCACUAUUUACCAUGCUAAAGGGUUACUGCAAUAUCUGGCUGCUAUAAAACGUUUGCCUUUGGUCUACUGUGAUUAUCAUGGUCAUUCUCGUAAAAAGAAUGUAUUUAUGUAUGGCUGCAGCGUCAAAGAGACAAUGUGGCAUACAAGUGUUAAUGCUGCCUCUUGUAACCUGACAGAAGACCCUGGUUACAGGGCACUUCCCAAGAUCCUGAGUCAGACUGCCCCCGCAUUUUGCAUGGGCAGCUGCAGCUUUGUAGUGGAAAAGUCCAAGGAAUCUACAGCACGAGUUGUUGUCUGGAGAGAGAUAGGAGUACAAAGGAGCUACACAAUGGAAAGCACUUUAUGUGGAUGUGACCAGGGCAAGUAUAAAGGAUUGCAGAUUGGUACAAGAGAACUGGAGGAGAUGGGAGCAAAGUUCUGUGUUGGCUUGCUGCGUUUAAAAAGAUUGUCCUCACCUUUGGAAUACAAUCUGCCUUCUAGUCUGUUGGAUAUUGAAAAUGAGCUGAUUGAGUCAAGCUGUAAAGUGACAAGCCCCACUACAUACGUUUUGGAUGAAGAUGAGCCUCGCUUCCUUGAAGAAGUUGAUUACAGCGCAGAGAGUAAUGAUGAUCAAGAUGUUGAAUUAGCUGAUAAUACAGGUGAUUAUGAGGCAACUAAUCAAGAUGAUGGACUUUCAGACUCAGAUUCAACAAGGACACUCCUUUCUUGAACCAGCUUUGCUGCCAGUAACAGAAAAUAAAGUAUCCUGGAUUUCCAGUUGUAUACUUUGUUUCUGUUUUCUACAAAGGGGAUAAGCUUCAGUUAACAUAAAUAACUGAGGCCUGCAUAGCUCAAGGACAGUAAAUAUUUCUGCUAAAUUUGCAUUUCUUUAUUUAAAGAGUUCUGUGUAUUCUUUAAGCCCUAAACAGAUAAAUUUAUUUACCAGUUCAUUUUCUACUAAAUAGUACUGCAUGGCAUUUUGUGUCCUUAAGCCCUAUCUUCAGGAAAAUGGAUUAUAAUUUUUAGUGUGUCAGAGUACGGAAACUAAUUUUGUGUGGUACAGUUCUUUGAGUUGCUUCCUGAAAAAUACAUAUGUACAGGUUUUCUAAAUUAAUUUGUGUAUGUCUGUGUAUAUGCGCGUGUGUAUACUGAGGUGAAGAGGUUAUUUUUUGACAUUAUUUCAAUGAUACUUGAUUGUGUUUGAAGCAAUGUAGUGCCUGCUCUGAAACCAUUCAAUAAUUACUAAAUUAAAAAUGAGAAAAUGAUGUAUGA